GUGCGCAUGCCCGGUGCGCGCCGCCUGCCCCUGCCGGGCGCCCGGUCCGCCUUCGUUCCCCGUGGGCCCCGCUCGCGGCGUGCGGCUGGCUUCCUCCCCAGCCGAGCCCCGCCCGGUCGUUUGCGGGCGCGCGCCCCUCCUCAGGCGGGUGGGCCGCAGGGUCGGGAGGCUUCGAGCGAAAGUCGAUUGGCUGACGUGGUGGCCGCUCGUAGGGCCUCAGAAACUCUGGGCGAGCGCGCAGAGUCGGCUCUCCAGGCAGUGCCAGGCGCAUCUCAGCUAAUCCAAAAGUAAAUGAGGAACUUAGAAAAAGAUUGCCAACUCCAGAUCAACAUAUUUAGAGAAAAUUGGAAAAGGAGAAGCUUACUACAGCUUUAUUUGAGGACUUUUUAAAAGAACGCAGAGUUCUAGCUCUUCAAAUCUUGGAGCAAAAACCAGAGACAUUGCCAGAGCAAACAAGAACAGAAGUAUAAAUGGAGGACUGGUCAAAAGUGUUUUAAAUCAGUUCAGGCUAUACUCUUCGUGUGGAAUUCUCACUACACCUUUGGUCCUUCAUUUAUAAAAAUGAUAAUUAUUAAGAAGAAUAAACACAACAAAUGAGAUAGCCCAUAGUUAUCUUGAACAAGAGACUACAGGGAGAAAUAAAAGUACAGAGCCAGAUGAACAGCCAACUGUGAAUUCAAAGGAAGGCAUGCAGCAGAAAUCCAAUGAAUUAGUUAAUGAAGCCACCCAUGAGGACACAGAACUGCCAGGGCAGAGAUCAAGGAAUUUUCCUUAUCCAGGUGAUGAGACAGCUGACACUACUACUAAAAAAUCCAACAUUAUGGAACAUAGAGAGAAUCAUUUGCAUUGUGAGUGUAUGAUCCCUUGUCAAGUUACUUCAGACUUAGAUAAAGAGAAGAAAAUAGCAUUUCUUCUAAAAGAAUUGGACAUUCUCAGAGCAAGCAAUAAAAAGCUUCAAGAAAAAUUGUAUAAAGAAGAUAAGGAACAGAGAAAACUAAAGCUUAAGCUGGAACUCCAGGAGAAAGCAACAGAAGCUCACAUUGCUGAAAAGACAGCAGCUCUGGUUGAAGAAGUGUAUUUUGCACAGAAGGAACGUGAUGAAGCUAUUAUGUCUCGACUGCGGUUAGCCAAUGAGGAGAGAGAUGAAGCAAUUGCACGAGCCGAGCAUAUGGAAAUGUCUCUAAAAGUGCUAGAAAAUAUUAACCCUGAAGAAAAUGACAUGACAUUACAGGAAUUACUGAACAGAAUAAACAAUGCAGACACAGGAAUAGCUAUUCAGAAGAAUGGAGCUGUAAUUGUGGAUAGAAUCUACAAGACCAAGGAAUGUAAAAAGAGAAUAACUGCAGAAGAAAUGAAUGCAGUGAUAGAAGAGCGGGAUGCUGCUUUGUCUCAGUGCAAACGGCUAGAGCAGGAGCUUCAUCAUCUGAAAGAGCAGAACCAGACUUCAGCAAACAACAUGAGACAUCUGACUGCUGAAAACAAUCAAGAACGUGCUCUGAAGGCAAAGUUGUUGGCUAUGCAACAAGCCAGAGAGACUGCAGUUCAACAGUACAAAAAACUAGAAGAAGAAAUCCAAACACUUCGAGUUUACUACAGUUUACACAAAUCUUUAUCCCAAGAAGAAAAUCUGAAGGAUCAGUUUAACCAUACCCUUAGUACUUAUGAAGAAGCUUUAAAAAAUAGAGAGAACAUUGUUUCCAUCACUCAACAACAGAAUGAGGAACUGUCUACCCAACUGCAGCAAGCUCUGACAGAUCGAGCAAACAUGGAAUUAGAGCUUCAGCAUGCCAUGGAGGCCUCCCAAGCGGCCAAUGACAAAGUGCAGAAGUUGGAAAGGCUGGUGGACGUCCUGAGGAAGAAGGUUGGAACAGGGACCAUGAGGACAGUGAUCUGACUGAAAAAACGGCAGUCUGGGGAAGCAAUCACAUCUGGUGACCAGGCUGCUUCAUUCAACACUGUGUAAACACUAAAGCCUUAACUUAGCAAACAGUUGUUAGAAGUGGGACACUCCAACCACAUUCCAAGCUGAGAUAAAAUCAAAUCACAAAUGUUUAACCACUUUGCUGCUGACUUAUUUAUCCAAAUGUAUUAACUACAGACUUUUACCAAUGAGUAGCUAUAAAGUUGCAGCUUAUUUUGUAACUAUUUUAUAUCUCACUGUAUUGAAUAUAAAUCUUUUUACCGAGAGACCAUUAUAGGUCAUAUCUUCACAAAUGGCCCUUUCUGAGUCAAAAUGCAGCAAAGUAAAUAUUGUCUAAACCUAAUCCACUGUGUUAGGUCAAAACUUCAAAUACAUGCAUUUUUCAAUAUACAAUUUAUUUCUUAACUGAUGAGAGAAGCUCAGACGUGAGAGUGUAUAGUCUUCCUCCAAUGCAUACACAUAAUCUUUGUUAGUAUUAAAGAAUAUUAAAUCUAAAUACCAAGAAUUAAAUAUAUACUUUGCUCUAAUAAGAGUUUGAUAUUUUAAAAUUACAUUAAUCAAGGCAUGAUGUUUAUUUCACUACAAAUAAUGCAAACUGUUUUCAAUUUAAAAAAAGGAUAUUGUUCAUGUGUACUUUUAAAUUCAUAUUGUCAACACUUUUUAAUGUUGUGACUGAAUAAUUAUCUGAACUCUAUUUAAGCUAUAGAAAUUGCCAAGUCUGUCUCAUAGGCUGGGACACCUUUGGCUUGAAAAUUAGCAUGUGCCAGCAUGACUUUAAAAGGCAAGAGGCCAUCAAACAUGUUAAGUAUUAUCACUUGAAUUUUUGUUGUGGAGGAGGGGAACCCAAUAUACAAUAAAAUUAUAAUGUAAAAAUGUAAGGACGUGGAAAAAAAGAAAACUGGCAAUUUUGUUUGGUUACCUACUUUUUUCUUUUAUUUAAAAGAUAAUUUGAAAUAGUUAUGGCAUAGCAGUCACUUCUGAUCACAUGAAAUUAUGAAUAAAACUAAGAUUUAUGUAUUUGGCUAUAGGAAAAAUUUCUUCUUUUUUUUAGAUUGAAUAGAUGAGAGGCCAGUAGAAGAUGACUAUGCCUGGAACAGGAUGAAAUAGGCAAGUAGAGA